AUGCCACCAAUGGAGCGCUCCUGCACACCGACUCUACAUGCACAUCUAAAUCAAACAGAAUCUUUUACUCUUCUACAAGGUCAACUAGCCUAUCAACUGGGUGAUAAAGUAUAUUCAUGUGACAUUCACACAUGUCCACGACCUCUUAUUGUGCCACCUCUUGUACUACACACAUUUUGGAUGGGUGACAAUAAAGAAGAUCUUAUUGUACGUGUUCGUCUCGAACCGUUCAGCAUGUACAGUGGCAUUCGGCAAGGAUUCGUCGAAAAUUUAGCUGGUAUCUUUCGUGAUCAACACACCUCUAUUUUCCAAUUAUUUGUACUUCUCGAAAAUGCUCAAACCUAUCCAGCAUCUUUACCAUUACCUCUUGCGAAAAUAAUAGUUAAAACAGGUACUCUCAUUGGUCAACUACUUGGCUACAAAAUAGAAUAUAAGGAAUACACAACAAUUGCUGAUGAAUUUAAUUAG